UGAAUGAGCUGCAGAUUAAAGGUCUGAUUAGCCCUCCCCAAAAGUCUUCCAUAAAAGGUCUCAUUUUUCUCUCCUGCUCUGUAUGUUUUUUUUCUAGGAAAUUUAAUCCAUUAGAAUAUGACUCUGAAGAAAGGAAAAUUGAAAUCUCUCAUCUUUAGCUGUUUCAAGGCGGCCGAGACCCCGCCGCCGGAAAAUGAUUCCAGCGAGAAGGUUUCCAGGCCUUUUUCAUUCCGGAGAAUAGUGUCCCUCUCAGAUGUUAGUGAUCUCAGCUCUGUUGAUGACAUCUCAAGCUCUUUUCUGGGAUCAAACUUGCACGUGUUCACGUAUGCCGAGCUGAGUUUAAUUACUCAUAAUUUCUCGUGGAAUAACUUCAUCGGACAAGGUGGGUUUGGACCGGUGUACAAGGGGUUUGUCGAUGAUAAGCUUAAGCCGGGAUUGAAAGCUCAGCCUGUGGCUGUCAAGGCCCUGGAUUUGGAUGGGUUACAGGGGCAUCAAGAGUGGCUGGCUGAAAUAUUCUUCUUAGGACAAUUGAGGCACCGACACCUUGUUAAGUUGAUUGGAUAUUGUUGCGAGGAAGAGAAUAGACUAUUGGUUUACGAAUACAUGGCAAGAGGCAGCUUGGAGAGUCAACUCUUCCGGAAGUAUUCUGUUCCAUUGCCAUGGUCAACUAGGAUGAAAAUUGCAUUAGGGGCGGCUAAGGGCCUGGCUUUCCUACAUGAAGGGGAUAAACCGGUGAUAUUCCGCGAUUUCAAGACUUCAAAUAUCCUAUUGGACCCUGAUUACACCGCUAAAUUAUCUGAUUUUGGCCUGGCAAAAGAUGGUCCAGAAGGGGAAGACACACACGUCACAACCCGAAUUAUGGGCACGCAAGGCUACGCGGCCCCCGAAUACAUCAUGACAGGUCACUUAACAACAAUGAGCGAUGUCUACAGCUUCGGAGUUGUUUUGCUAGAACUUUUGACGGGUAAACGAUCAAUGGACAGCAGCCGGUCAGGGCGAGUGCAGUGCCUGGUGGAAUGGGCCAGGCCUCUUUUAAAGGACCCAAGAAAGUUGUGCAAGCUUGUGGACCCCAAACUAGAGGGACAGUAUUCCAUGAGUGGGGCCCAGAAGGUGGCUGCAUUGGCGAGUCAAUGCCUGAGCCAUUACCCCAAGCCCAGACCCAAUAUGGUUGAUGUGGUCAAGACCCUGGAAUCGCUUCAGGGUUUUGAUGAUGUGUUCAGUGGACCUCUUGUGUAUAUAGCACCGGAUGAAAAGGAUUCCGGCGUGGACAACAAGAAGGAGAAUCGCCGUGGUCGCGGUGGCCGUUGUUGGAGGCACCGGAGCAAACUGCCGCUUUCCUCGGUGGCCAAUUCCGAUUAUCCAUGGUAUUAGGAUUGAAGUUUUAGAAUCUUCUCCGUUUUGUAUAAGUUUUGUGAAUGUAUAUAUUUUAACUUAAUAAUGUUAUAUUUAUAAU